UGUAAAUAAUUUUAUAAUAAUGUUACUGCAAAAAUCGAGUAAUGAUAAUGUUUGUCAUACGAUCUUUUUAAGUCAAGAAAAAAAGUGGAUUGAAUUAAAAUAUCGAGCUAUAAUUCAGUGAAAAAUUUAAUUCUAAAUAUUUCACCUAUUUUGUAUCGUUCUCUCGUCAUCAUGACAGUCGAAUUAACAUGUAUAUUAGCAAGAUCACACAAGAGCAAUAUUUUUUGAUAGCUAGACUUUGAAUGGGCGGUAGAGUUGAAUCGAUACAGCUUGGAAUUUAUUGGCCUUUGGCCGAAAAUGAAAGAAACAACGCGAGAAAAGUUAAUGGCUAACGUAAGAGUGUUUAUACUGAUAAUCAUGGUAACCUUUGUUUGCGUGAUUCCUUGUAUACAUUCGCUGAUAAGAGUUUGGGGCGACCUGAUGUCGAUGACAGACAAUUUGCAAUUCACUUUACCUUUGGUAUCGAUGGUAAUGAAACUCAUCAUCAUGUGGAAUAAAAAAGCUGUUCUUGCGCCGAUCUUGUGCAUGAUCACCGAAGACUGGCUGAAGCUAAAGUCCGAUAAAGAGAGGAAGACCAUGAUAAGAUGCGCGCGGAUUCCUCGUAUGAUCAUAAUCUGCGGAUUCGUCAUAAUGUUUGCCUCAUUUAUCUUGCUGUUCAUUCUUCCAAGUUUCGGGAUCACGAUGAGGUACAUUACGAACGUGACCGAUCCGGGCAAACCGUUGCCUCUGCAGACAUACUACUUCUAUGAUACGGAUACAAGCCCGUACUUCGAGCUUACGUUUAUCGCACAAGGUGUCACUCUCAUGGUAUCUGCCAUGGGUUACACCGCGAUCGAUAGUCUCUUUGGAUUGCUCAUUUUUCAUGUCUGUGGUCAGCUACAGAAUCUUAAAGGUCGGUUGAUGGACCGCCGCGAGAAGGAUUCAAAUUUUGUUCGUGUCCUGGCGGACGCCAUAAGGGAUCACGUACGCCUUAUCAGAUGCAUUAAAGAUAUCGAAAGUACGUUUACUUUGAUGCUUCUUGGAUUAUUCCUCUAUUUUGGCACAUUAUUUAGCCUUUAUGGAUUUUUACUAGUUACCAUUGUCACUGAUGGUCGUCAUUUAUCUCUCGUAAGGCUAUUGUUUCUUGUGACGGUUGUUAUGAAUAUAUUUGCGCAUAUGUGCUUGUAUUGUGCGGUUGGAGAGUUUCUGAUAGCACAAUGCGAAGGUGUCUACCAAGCUGCAUGUGAAUACCAUUGGUACGAGUUAGAACCAAAGGAAGCCAGAAGUUUAAUUUUAUUAAUGGCUCGCGCGAACAAGCCACUUUACGUAACAGUUGGAAAAAUCUUUCCACUAACGAUGAAUGCUUUUUGCAGCCUAUUAAAAACAUCGGGUGGUUACAUAUCGGUUCUGCUUGCGCGUCGUGAUUGAUGUGCAUCAUUAAAUUGCAUUGAUAAUAAUAAUAAUAACAAUAUAUAGGGCUGGAUAUUUGAAAUAUUUAUAGUUGAAAUACAACUGUAUUUUGCGUGUUACAAGAGAGAAGAGA